ACUCCGUCGGGCGUAUUAGAUUGGUGAGUCGCCUCGGUCGCUGUGGUAACAGCGCCUUCGUGUCCUUGGCUGGUCCCACCACGGUGAAUCCUUAGCCUCUCACCCAUCAUUGUCUGUGGAGCAGUUUUUAAUGCUCGUGUUUGUCUCGGAAGUCUCUCCUUAUCCCCUGCAUCCCACCUUCCUCCGGUGCACACCUCAUCUUCCUCAUUGCUGAGCGAUUACGGCCGAACGGAACCAGCUGCUGAACCCUUGAUCGCGGAUGCGCUCUCGUCUAGUUCUACUUAUCAGUACCAACCUACCAUCGAUCGUUCGUGUUCAUUCGUGCUCUGGUGACUCUCCAACGUGUGUUCGAUUGCAACACGGUUUUCCACUUCAGACCUUCCCCAGCGGUAGCAGCAGGUAUCCUUCGUAGCAAGUUCAGUGUUGUCCAGAUAUCUUGGUGUCACAAAGUAGUGUACGACGGGGUGUUGUGAGGGACAUAAAGUCCUGGUGGUGCCACACUUAAGACACGCGCUCAUCAAACCACCCAAAGUCCCAUCGAGCAAUCGCAUGUGCCGCCACACCGUGACCAACCGACUGUGGACUCUGGAGUCGUUCGGCACGCGCUGAGUGAGUGUUCAUUCGUUGUGCCUAACCGGAGGAACGGAUCGCCGAUCGAUACGGGCGUGCUGACUUUCGAACGGAUCGGGUGUAUUGGUGGUUCGAGAAUACCUCGUUCUGUGUGAGUGCGAUUGUCCGGGCUCUUUUAGUUUUAAUUUGUUUUGAUUCCCCCGCACGCCAUAUGCUACCCUCCUCGGAGAGGGUGGGCCAGACGACCCGCAUAAUAUGGACACAUCGCAGCGACAACCAUAAGUUUGGUUCUGUCGCAUGCUCUGAAUAGUGCGACCUUGGCGCAGUAACUCUAUUGUCAUCCGAUACGGUUUGUUUGAAUGGAAAACGGCGUCGAGAACCACGAACACGUUGAAAGGUGAUUCCAGAAUCGCCCAAGAAAAUCCAAAACCUGCGAGUUUACCGUGCUAGCUAGCUGGUGUGUUAUGAAAUAGAUAUGGCGCAGACAUAUCAUCGUGUAAGGAGCUCCAAAGGUGCUCGGCAGCUGUAGCGGCACUCGUGUUUGAGUCAAGAAAGAGUGACACGGAAAAACGGGGAAAAAGUCGGUUGGGAUGCAAUCCAGCAACGCUCUGGCCGAUGUGCACGUGGAUUUACGGGAUGAUAGUUCCUUGCCGCUACGAAGCAAUCCAAUGAUAGAAAUGAUGACACACGCCAAGCUAAAUCAUCGGAUCGAGGAUCAUCGCCAUCUGGACGAUUGGUCGUUCUAUGCAAACCAGAGCGUAGAACCAGACGACAUGCCGAUCGAUAUGCGCUUCAACUCGGGCCAUAUUCUUUCCAUCAUGGUGUACAGUACACUAAUGGUGUUCUCGGCAACCGGCAACAUUAAGGUACUUAGUAUCCUAGCUCAGCGGAAAGUGCGAGCCACCUCGCGGAUCAACAUUAUGCUUGCUCAUCUGGCCAUCGCUGACCUCUUGGUAACAUUCCUCAUGAUGCCACUAGAGAUCGGAUGGGCGUAUACGGUGAUGUGGAAUGCUGGCGAUCUAUUGUGUCGGGUGAUGGCGUUCUUCCGCACGUUUGGCCUCUAUCUUUCCAGCUUCAUUUUAAUCUGUAUCUCGGUCGAUAGAUACUUUGCUGUUUUACAACCAUUGAAGGUUCACCCCCAGCGGGCGAUGCUGAUGAUUUCAGGGGCCUGGUUCAUGUCUGGACUGUGCAGCUUACCGCAGUCCUUCAUCUUUCACGUAGAGACUCAUCCCAACUACACGCAGUUUUAUCAAUGCGUAACAUACCACUUUUUCGAGGAGGAAAUCUACGAAAUCAUCUACAACGUGCUGGGAAUGUGUUUCAUGUACGCAUUGCCACUGGUAGUGAUCCUGUACUGUUAUGGUUCUAUCUACUACGAGAUCUUUAGCCGCACGAAUCCACGAAACUUGGAAAGCUUUCGGCGCUCUAGUAUAGACGUGCUGGGCAGGGCGAAGAGGAAAACCCUCCGAAUGACCAUCACGAUCGUGAUAGUAUUCGUCGUUUGCUGGACACCUUACUAUGUGAUGUCGCUUUGGUAUUGGCUGGAUAAGGAAUCGGCCAAAAAUGUUGACCAACGGAUACAGAAGGCAUUGUUUCUGUUCGCCUGCACAAACAGCUGCAUGAAUCCGGUCGUGUACGGUAUCUUCAAUGUUCGUAAGAAACGCACCAAAAGCACGGUUAAGCUCCAGGAACAGAGAAGCUGUGGCAGCAAUCUGACAAUGAAGGUGUGAUGAAAGAGAAUGGCUGGAAAGACACACUAUAAACCCUCUUUGGUGCUUCAUACGUUUUGGUUCCUAAAUGGAACGCAGCCAGAAAUAGAAUAAUUAAAAUAUGUUGGUCCACGCAGUUCAACCAACAACCAGAGAAAUAAGACAAAACAGAUUUUAUGCGAGCAGGCACAUUUAAGUGCGAUAUGUUUAUUUGAAGUAAUAGGUUACAUUCAAUGAUAGGAUUUGGAUUUUAUCGAUCGUGAGUGAUUUUGAACAAAGCAAUGCGGUCUGUGCGUGUCUCAAGCUUUACGUUCCAUUUCUACUUGCUGCUGUAAAUGGAGCGGUAAUUCACGAUAGAACGCUUUCGGUACUUUUUCUGCAAAUAAAGAAAAUAAUAGAAUGUUUAGUUGUGAGCAUAACCGUAGUCUCACUGCAUAU